GACCUGCGGCUAACUGGAUUUGAUUUAUAAGAGGGGAUUCUGCAGUAAAUGGCUGCUCUCUUCAUAUUGCUGCUAUGGAAAACAGAAUUGUCAAUAGGAUGUAGUCUGAUAAAUAGUGCUGAGUGAAGAUGCAGCUUCAAUAAGUGUGAAAUCAAUGGAAGAUACUUACCGCAUGAAAAGCCUUUUGAGAUUUUUCUGACAGGCGCCUAUUUAGGAAACUUGAUCUGUUUCCUUCGGUUGCCCUGUUUUUACACCAGUGGAUACAAAUCAGAUUGCUUCACUGUAGUCACACAACUAAUGAGGGACCAUGGCCUUUCCAAGAUCCAUGUGGCUGAACUGUGUAUGGAGAGUGAUGAUAGUCCGCCUGUUACACAUGGGAUUGAAUGCCACUUUUGCUUCUUGUAUACUUGGAUUUUUGCUUCACGCUGCAGCUGUGUCCUCCCAAAAAUUGGAUGAUACCAACCCAGUGGUGACCACCAACUUUGGCAAGAUAAGAGGGAUUAAGAAGGAACUUAAUAAUGAAAUUCUGGGGCCCGUUAUUCAGUUUCUUGGGGUUCCGUAUGCUGCCCCUCCAACAGGGGAGCGCCGCUUUCAACCUCCUGAGCCUCCAUCUCCCUGGGCAGAUAUCAGAAAUACCACUCAGUUUGCUCCAGUGUGCCCCCAGAACAUUAUAGAAGGCAGGUUGCCUGAAGUCAUGCUUCCCGUGUGGUUUACUAAUAAUUUGGAUGUAGUUUCCACCUAUGUACAAGAUCAGAAUGAAGACUGCCUCUAUUUAAAUAUCUAUGUCCCAACUGAGGAUG